AUGACGAUUCCUGCGGAUAAUAAGACGGAUUUUGAAGUUAAAUACAUUCGUAAUUCGUCACACAAUGAUAAUAAAUCAGUUUUUUCGGACAAUUUUCAAUCGUCAUUAAGUCGAAGUUCUCCAUCAUUUUCUGUAUUAAAGCUACUUUGGAUGUUCAUGGAUCUCCCAAAUUUGAAGCUUCCAGCUUUAGCACCUGUUCUAGUAAAUCAAAGGACACUUGUGAUCCAUCGUAGUGUAACAGGUGAUUUUGGCUUCAAUAUUAGACGAACACAAAUUCCUGUAGCCAAUGGAAAAAUGAAAGUCGCCAUUUUUGCCGAACCUACGAAAUUGAGAUGUGGUCCUCCUCGUCCGAGUGAAAUUCGAACAACUCUACUUCCUGGUGAUCAACUUAUUAUGGUCAAUGGUUGUAUAGUUGAUAAUCUUGGACGUGAUGAAUUAAUUGCUCUUAUACAGGAUUCAAAGGAGCAAAUUGAACUGACUGUUCGAGCGAUGCCUGAAUUAGCUGAAUUUUUUGAUCGACAUCAAAGAGGAGUGCGCGAUGCGGGUGAUUCACUUACGCUUUUACCAGUUGCUUAUUCUUAUGUAUCUGAGGAUGGUCCAGAAGAAGAACAAUAUUGGUUGAUGCAUAAAAACGGUUACACCUUGGCCCGAUUGCUUGAAAAAUUUCCUGAUUGUAAAGUUCGGAUCAGUGUGACGGGUGCUGAGAUGGUAGUUGAUGUAACUGAUUUGGAUAAAGCAAAUCAAGCGAAUUUCGACCGUAUAGAGAACGUGGCUAAAUUACGAUAUAUCAACGAAACGAGUAUUAUUCAUGUACUUCGACAUAGAUUUGGUAGUAAUCUUUUAUACACUUUUGCUGGAUCACAAAAAAUUAUUUGUAUGACGGGUGAUUAUCAGCCUUAUAUUUGUGAUAAACUUGUUGAGUUAUUCAAAGGAUGCAGAAGACAGCAAAUGCCUCCGCAUAUUUAUGCUUUUGCUCAACAAAUUUAUCGGAAUGUGCAAAUGACGGGUCGUAGUCAAUGCGUAAUAACCACCGGAGUUAGCGGCAGUGGGAAAUCUCUGCAGUUACGCAAUAUAUGUCAUUAUAUUUGCGAAGUUGCCGGUUGGACAAAAAUGCUGACUCAUGAUACUAUAACUGCUGCAUUCGGUAUUCUUGAGGCAUUUGGCAAUUGUUCUACGAGGCUUAAUCAAAAUGCCUCGCGUUUUGCUCAGAUGUUCACUCUUUCAUUUGAUACAUCUGCCUCUUUGAGAUGUGGUCGUAUACAAACAUUUUUAUUAGAAAGUUCGCGCAUUUCGCAGUGUCCUGAGGGUGAAACAAAUUUUCACGUUUUUUAUUAUCUAUUAGAAGGAGCUGAUGCAAGUAUCAUCGAUCGUUUACACCUAGAUGCUGUUGGUAAACCUGUGCACGUACCUCUCCUACGUGAAGAAGACAAAAAAGCUGCUCGUUUGGGUUGGACUCAUUUCUUGGAAGCAUUGCAAACGUUGGGGAUAUCGAAUGAUGAAAAAUCAGCUAUAUUCUCAGUUCUUGGCGCUAUAUUACAUCUUCGUUAUGCUGAUGCUACACAAGGUCAAGCGCAAAGAUCACAGUUUAUUCGUAUGUCGAAUGCGCAAUAUGCUGCUACUUUGCUUGGUGUAAGUGUUGACCACCUUUCUGCAGUUAUUUUCAAAGGCAAAACAACUAUGGGAAAUGCAAAUAUGGGUUCAUUAAGUCGUUUAUCAAUGUCGAGCAAGAGUCAGUGUGGUAUCGAAGCUUUAAAUCAUUUUAUUUCUUCUCUUUAUAAUGAGCUUUUCGAUGCUGUCGUUAUGCUUCUAAAUCGAAGUCUUGGUUCGAAUAAUUUAACCAGUUCUGCAUCCAUCACUAUAAUUGAUUAUCCUGGUAGCAAUUUCAAUCGUCCAUGGGUCGAGGGAGAGCACAAAAGCAGUGGCCUUAAUGAUAUAGCCUACAAUUAUAUGAACGAAAGAAUUGCUGAACUAUUUUAUGAUGCAAGUUUUACUAAGCCGAAUGAAAUGUAUGAGCAAGAACAAGUUGAUGUUGUAGUAGAGCAACCGGUCUAUAGGCCUCAUCACAUAACACGGCUUAUUGACCAAAAACAGCAACUGCUGCACUCAGUUGAUAUCGAACGGCGAAGUGAGGAGAAACGCGGUUUAUUAUAUUUGCUGGAAGAAGAAGUGUAUUUUCCUGGUGCAACGGAUGAUUCGUUCUUUGAACGCAUAUUUGUCCAUCUCGGCGAUUCACAUCUAAUUCGGCGUGGUUCCCAUUCUCGGCAUUUUGUAAUAAAUCAUUGUCGUGGUACUAGUCCUAUCGUAUAUUCCGUUGAUGGCUGGGUAAAAUCGGCUCAUCCAGGGAAUAUUGAUGCUGCAGUUUUAUCAUUACUUACCACAUCAAAUAAUGACAUUAUUCGUGCAUUAUUCUCACCUUUUGGAAUUUUGCAAUCAACGAACGUGAGCUUGAAAAUGCGCAAAACAACACAGUCUGUAAAGGUCGACGUGGCUGGAUUAAGAACUGCAUCUGGCUUCAUGUCCAGAUUGUCUGUGCAGAUUGAUUAUCUAGUUUCAUUUGCACAACGUUCAAAUAGCCUUCAUUUUGUGCACUGCAUCGAACAAAGUCCUCUUCUUGAUUCUGGCGCGCGUUCAACGGAAAUUUUCGAUGUCCCAUUUGUUAGAUCUCAGUUACGAUCUUUAUCUGUUGUGGAAGCAGCUCGCGCAUCCAAUCAUGGUUAUCCUGAAAAAUCUUCUUUUAAAGAUUUUCGAAGACGUUUUCGUUGUUUAAGCGAUACUGAAAAUUCUGUAAGUGACUUUCUUGAUGAUCGAGCGGCUGCUGCACGUAUUCUUGAAGGUAGUGGAAUAUUUUCUCAUAGGUAUCGAUUGGGAUUGAGCCAGGUUCUUUUGCGAAGCGAUGCCUUAGAUGAAUUGGAAGAACGCAGAGAACUUUGCCUUAAUGGUUUCAUUGAAAAGCUGCAAUAUUUGUGUCGGAAACAUCUUGCUAAUAAGUGGUUGGCCAGACGUCGUAUUAUGGAAACGGCGAUUCGGUGUAUACAAAGAAAUGGCCGAUCAUAUUUGAAAGUUCGUGAAUGGGCAUGGUGGAAGUUGUAUACACGCACUACUCCUUUACUAGGUGCGGUAAGGAAUGAUAAGGAAUAUCAAGAAUGGCAAGUACGCAUUCGCAAUUUAGAAGAAUAUAGUAAUGAAUUGCGUGGUACUAAAAUACGUUUAGAAGGACGCGUAGAGGAAUUGGAGCAGAUUAUAUCUGUAGAAUGCGCAAAUGCAAAAAAUUUAAGUGAUGCAUUAGAGCGAGAAACUGAAGCGCGUAUUCAGGCAGAAAAACAGCUUAUUCUUUCUCAACAACGACAAUCAGAUGCAAAGGUCAUUGAAUUGCAAAAAGAGUUAUCUGCGUUGCGCGCAAACGAAGAAUUACAUAGAACUCGAGCACAGAAGGCAAUAGAUCAUUUACGCGACAUUGAAAAUGAAAUCUUGGAUCUUCGAGCUCGAAAUGAAUUUCUCGAAAAACGGAACAACAAAUUUGAUGCUGAGUUAAAUGGUGUGAAUGAACUCCUAGAAAAAGAAAAAGAAAAACUUUCAUCAACCAUAAAAGAUCGUGAUAAAAUUAAUGCAAAUCUGGAAAUGAAAACACUUGAAUUACAGAAUCUCAAAGUGGAAAAUGGUGAACUGCGUCAAAAUCUUGCCAAAAUACGAAAAGAUAUGGAUACAUUCAAUGAGAGUAGUGUUGAAAAUUCGGAGAAAGAAUUGGUCAAUGUGCAUAAAUUAAAACAAUUGGAAAUGAAAUGCGCUGAGCAGGAAGAAGAAUUAGACGAUAUGGCUGCUAAGACACGUUUAUUAGAGCAAACGAUUACUCGCCUAGAAAUGGGUAAUGAAAGAGCACGAGCGGAACGAUCUCGCGACAUCGAGGCCAAAGAAGCUGAAAUCGACGAGCUUAGAACCCAGUAUCAGAGAAGACAGAGAGCUUUUGAGGAACAAUUGGCUGAUUUGCAAGAUUCUAAUGCAUCUUUGAUGAAUCAGUGUCGCAUCUUUGAGACGAGAAUGCGUGAAACUGAUUCCUAUAGUUCUACUUCAUCCACUGGUCAUCAUUAUAAAAGAGAUCUAAAAAAAGUUCGAGCUCUUUUGCGAGAUACACAGGGUGUAUUGGCUCGUGAAAGGGAAAAUGGGCCAAAUCAUACAUUGAUUCGUCAGCUUCAAGAGCAGUUGGAAGAUGCCGAAUCUGCUAAAUUAAGCGCACUGAAGAGCCGCUAUCAUUUAGAGAGUGAACUUGCUGAGAUAAAAGCUCAGUUGGAAGCUGCUUUGACCGGCAAAAAUGCAGCAGAAGAAAAGGCAUUAAAUUUACUCAAAGAGAAGAAUAGCGCUCUGGCAUUAGUCGAAGAACAUGAUGAACAAUUACAAGCGGUUAUGAAAAAAUACAAAGCUGCUGUUCAACAAAAUGCCGUCGAUUCAAUCAAGAUGGCUGACCAGUAUGAACAGAUGGCAGAACUGGAAAAAGAAAAAGAGAAAUUGCGCGAAGAACUGAAUACAACUACAUCAUCGUUAGAAUUUCACCAACAUCAUUCAGUUGAAAAACACAAAUUACUGCUCGCAGAACAAAAAAUUCGAGAUUUAGAGGCAAAAUUGGACGUUGAAACGAUGCAGAGGAUUAGGCUUGACUCAUUAUUAGCGAAAGCAAAAGAUGAAUUGGAAUCAAUGCAUGACCAAUUAAAUGAAGCAGCCAUCGUUCGAGAUAAAGAAAUCGAUGCAACUCGCAAAGCUGAGAAGGAAUCUCGUAUUUUUCAAGAGCAGCUCCAGGAUAUGCGUCGACGAGAAACGGAAUUACUUCAUAAAUACAAACAGAGUGUCAGUCUUGGACUAGAUGAACCGUUUAUGAUCUAUUUAUUAAUCAAAUUCAAUCGAAAUUAA